AUGCGACACACGGUGGAUAUCGUUAUUGGUGAUCAUUUCAAAAUUCAGAGAAAUAAUGGGCAGUCAUACCCUGCUUCUAUCGUCGAGACGCGCCUUACGGACACCGGUCAGGUGGAAUACUUUGUUCACUACUUAAAUUUUGAUCGCCGCCUUGAUGAGUGGGUAUCAGCUGAUCGUAUCGAUACCACCUCUAAGUUUGUCAUCCCCACUCCCAUCGACGAUGUUUUGCUUGUUCCUGGUCAAAAUGAUGGGCGCCUCACUCGUCACCAGAAGCGCCGCUAUGAGGAGCUGAAUAGUACCCCAUCAGAACUCUAUCCUGCAAACACACUUACAGAGCGUCUAGAACGCGAGCAUCAGGAGUUUACCCGUGUUAAGUUCAUUGAUCAGGUUCGUUUCGGCAAAUACGAGAUUGGCACUUGGUAUUUCUCGCCCUAUCCCGAUGAGUAUAGACGGCUGAAAUGCUUAUGGGUCUGCGAGUUUUGUCUUAAGUAUAUGAAGAUGGAGAAAACAUGGGUGCGUCAUAUGCUGCAUGAGUGCAGACAGCGCCAGCCUCCUGGGCGAGAGAUCUACCGCAAGAGUUCCAUUCGCGUUUUCGAAGUUGAUGCAGCUAAGGAAAAGUUGUACUGCCAGAAUCUCUGCCUCCUUGCAAAGCUGUUUUUGGACCAUAAGACUCUCUACUACGAUGUGGCACCUUUCUUAUUCUAUGUUCUCUGUGAGGCGGACACUGAUGGCUGCCAUAUCGUAGGCUACUUUUCCAAGGAGCGUGUUUCGUUAGACAACAAUAACCUUGCAUGCAUUCUUACGCUUCCGCCCUUCCAGAGGAAAGGUUAUGGCAAAUUUCUCAUUACUCUCAGUUAUGAAUUGGCAAAGAUUGAGGGUACCAUCGGUUCGCCUGAAAAGCCUCUCUCCGACCUUGGCCGGCUGAGUUACAAGAGCUACUGGGAAGGUGUCAUCUUCCGCUACCUCUUGACUCAUACCAGCUGCACCAUCGAAGAGAUUAGCACCGCCACCUGCAUUGCACCGGAGGACAUAAUAUGGACACUGCAAACACAUGAGGUUAUCAAGAGCUGGCGUCACGGCCGCCACCUGGAACUGAGUCGUCGGGCCCUGAGUGACUACAUGACGCGGAUAGUGGAGCGAGAGCUGAGGGGAGUGCGCAAUGGUGAGGAUGGCGCUGCCUUAUGCCCCACAGUCUUUGAUGUAUCCUGUCUUCGAUGGACACCACUACCAUCUUCCCCACCGCUGACGCAAUCAUUGUCGCCCCGUUUGCAUGCAGUAGGAGGGCAGAGACGAUAA